CACAGACCAGGCUUAGAAAUCACUUGAUUUAACUCAGCAGCACCUUGUUUUCCUUGUGUGACUGGCCAAGGGAAGGAAAUGCCUUAGUGCUACUGGAGCCACAGCCAUACUGCCAGUACCAUGUCUACUGUGCUCAGAGAAGGCAGCAGCCACCUGUUCCACGGUUUACACACCUGUAGCCUGAAGCUUCCGGAGGGCCAGCGACAGCAAGAAAAAUCUGUCAUUGCUCAACCAAUAUUUGUUUUUGAAAAAAGAGGAGAAACCUUUAAGAGACCUGCAGAAGAAACUGUGUAUGAAGCAGCAGAACAUGAACGUAAUGGUUUUUCAAGAAAGCGCAUACGGUCUUCAUCUUUUACUUUGCAUACUACAGGUUCUCUAUCUCCAGGAGUGAAGAAAAACAAUGUUUUUAUGACACCAACUCUUGUGCAAAGGAGUGUUGACAUGAGUGGUACAGAACAAGGUCCUGUGAAACAUUCUGAACAUGUUCUAAGACCUGCUACUUUGCAGCCACCUCGAACUCAAAGGUGUGAAAAAGUAAGGAAAACAUUUGAACACCAUGCAUUAGAACAGUGCAAGACUAAAGAGAAAGCAAAAAAUAAGAUUUCUGAGAGGAUCUCCUGUUUGCUAAGUGAAAAUUUACCAAGUGCCAGAAUUUCAGCCCAGCUCUCUACUAAUCAGAAUGUUUUGGGUGCUAUAUCAGUAGGAUGUCAACCAAAUGAAGAUAAGUAUUCUUUCAAAAGCUGCAGUUCUGAUUUUAUUUUUGGAGAAAACAUGGUAGAAAGAGUUUUGGAUACUCAGAAAACCCAGCCACAACUUGAAAAUGAUUCCAAUGCCAAGGAAAAACCAUUUAAAUCCACUUUAAAAUUUCCUAUCAACUCUCCAAACUCAAGACCAGACUCUAUUAAAAAGAUAUCUCUAAUUGAAUCGGCUGCUGCCUUUUCUUCUAAAUCAUCACAAAAGUGCUUGCUGGAGAAAAUUGAUGUAAUAACAGGGGAGGAAGCAGAAUAUAAUGUGUUAAAGAUCAACUGCAAGCUUUUUAUAUUCAACAAAACAACACAGUCCUGGAUUGAACGGGGCAGAGGAGCUUUGAGAUUGAAUGAUACACCAAGUAGUGACAGUGGAACAUUCCAGUCAAGACUAAUUAUGCGCAAUCAAGGCAGCCUGAGGCUGAUUCUCAAUAGCAAACUCUGGGCUCAAAUGGAGAUUCAAAGAGCAAACCACAAAAAUUUACGAAUAAUGGCGACCGAUUUAGAAGACUAUAGCAUCAAAGUGUUUUUAAUUCAGGCCAGCGCCAAAGAUACAGGAUAUCUGUAUGCAGCAAUACAUCAUCGCCUUGUUGCACUCCGAAGCUUCGAUAAGCAGAAAGACGGAAAUCAAGCUGAAAGCCAGUCAGAAACAGUCCUCCAGCAAUUAAACUGUGAUAGCUGUGAUGAGGAUGAGGAUGAUUUCAUUGAAGUCACUAAAAAUAGAUCAGAUCCUUCCCGGUGGACUCACAGACAGUCGGUUGCCUGUUCAUGAGUGCUACAUACUAUAAACAUGAUAUCUACAAAAAGAUUGAUCACCCUACUGAAAAUGCUAAACCAUCCUAACUAAAUGAGAAGAUCCUAUUCAUUCCUCGAAGAGUUUUUAU